UUCCCUCCUGAGCUUUCAAUGUAAAAACACAACUAAAUGAAGAAGGAAAGGUAAACACAGCUCUCUCUCUCUCUCAGAAGAUUCAUCGACUCUUCAAAAAAUGCUUCUUCUCUCUCCUCAUCAACCCCAACAACACCGCCCCCCUCAAUUUUCGUAUUGCAGGAGGGUGAGUCGGAGGAGGUUCAGUACAAGCCAUGCCGAAGAAGCCCUAUGCGCUCCACGUGUUGUGGAUCGGUUGGAAGCUCGUGAUCGCUCUCUCUUUCUCUCUCUGCCUCUUCGCUCUUCUCCGACUCCAUCGAUACUCUGAAGCCGAUCUCAAUCCAUCUUCGCUCUCUCGCAGAUCUCGAGUUUUGAAUAGUCACUUUGAAGGCCCUCCCAAGGUCGCGUUUCUCUUCCUCACGCGUCGAAAUCUGCCUCUCGAUUUCCUCUGGGGGAGCUUCUUCGAGAACGCUGAUGUGGCUAAUUUCUCGAUAUAUAUUCAUUCGGAGCCUGGUUUUGUGUUUGAUGAAUCGACUACUAGGUCAACCUUCUUCUUUAAUCGGCAUUUAACUAAUAGCAUUCAGGUUGGAUGGGGAGAAGCGAGUAUGAUUCAAGCAGAGAGGUUGGUACUAGAGGCAGCUCUUGAGGAUCCAGCAAAUCAGAGAUUUGUUUUCUUGUCAGAUAGCUGUGUUCCUUUGUACAACUUUAGCUAUAUAUACAGAUAUCUGAUGGCUUCUCCAAAGAGUUUUGUUGAUAGCUUUCUUGAUAAAAAGGAAGGCCGCUAUAACCCUAAGAUGUCAUCUGUUAUACCAAGGAGCAAAUGGCGAAAAGGAUCACAGUGGAUUUCUUUAGUUCGGAGCCAUGCUGAACUUGUUAUAGAUGAUGAGGUCAUCUUUCCUGUCUUCAAGAAGUUCUGCAAGAGACGCCCACCCAUAGAUGCCAGCAAGGGAAAGCAGAAUAUUUUUUAUAUAAUGCAGAAACUUCAGAAGCAGCACAACUGUAUCCCAGACGAACACUAUGUUCAGACAUUAUUUGCAAUGAGUGAUCUUGAAGGUGAACUUGAACGAAGAACAGUGACCUACACCUUGUGGAACCAUUCUACGACAAAUAUGGAAAGACGAGGUUGGCAUCCUGUUAUGUUUAGCUAUGCAAAUGCAGGCCCUCAACAAAUCAAAAGAAUAAAGGAUGUCAACCAUGUAUACUAUGAGACCGAGUACCGGACCGAAUGGUGCAGUAAUAAUUCUACACUUGUUCCUUGUUUUUUAUUUGCGAGGAAGUUCUCUCAAGGAGCUGCCAUGCGUCUUUUGAGUGACAGUGUGGUCGGCCUCUUUGAUGCUUCUACAUUAUUAGAUUCACCAUCAUGAUUUCCUCAAUCCUCUGACAGACCCUGCCUUAACUGCUUAUCUAACCAUCAACUUACAAUAGAGUAAGAGAGAGACUAUAAUUUGGACAGCAGAGUGACCUUUAAAGUCAUAUAGAUUAGAUACAGAGGGAUAGAAAUGUUUGAAAAGUUUUGAUACUACACAACCUAAAGACUUUUUGAUGCGGCUGUUUAAUCUUAUACACAGUUUUUUAGGAGAUUGUUGGAAGUUAAAGCAAAUCAAUGAAUUGUUGUUUGUAUAAAUUGUAAGAUUUUACUUGUCAUCUGUUACGUUCUUUACUCAGUGGAAAAAGUAUGUUUUAUUCAUUGUGGAA